UGAUAAACGGGACCCUCGAUUUUCGAAGUUAGAUGAUGUGCCUUCGGCGUAAUAAAGAGAGAAUUUGAUUCAAAAAAUAUUUUGAACAAAUAGGCUACUCACCAUUAAACUAUAAGCGACCGCAUGGAAGCCUCCCGCGAAUCCACGCGCUUAAACUUGUUGAGUAUCUCUGAAAACAAAAUCUUCGAUCUUCGCACAGCAAAAUAUAUCUGCUGGAAAAUCCUAUCCUACUCUCCUGUUGUUUGAGCAGCUCCGCCGUAGUUCAAACAUGACAACCAUGUUAUGCCCCAAUCUGUUUGAUAUACACCCAUUCAAUUCUCACAAACAGUUGGUUAAGCUUCCAUUUCAUUCUCGCACUUCUUUGUCAAGCCUUGCUAUUACCAAUGCCCAUUCGCAGAGCCUCUUUACAGACUUUGCCUCAACCAAAUUUAACAUGUCUGAGGCUGACAUCAAUCAAAUUUUCAGAUAUGCACCCCAUUUGCACAAUCUUCGAACCCUCGACAAGGUAGAGCGGUUUACUCGUAAUUUGAAGAACCGCGGCUGCACUGACUCCCAAAUUGCCAAAAUAAUGAGGAUUCGGCCCUCAAUAAUCACCCUUUCAGAAAAAAUACUGGAAGCCAAGAUCAGGCUGCUGGAAGAUUUCGGUUUUGAGCGUCAAACCCUGGCGAAGCUUUUGACGCUCAAUCCAAACAUCUUGAGUCUGAGCCUCGAGAAAAAAAUUCUUCCCAAAAUGAUGUUUUUCAAGAGCAUAUUUGAGCCCGAGGACGCGCUCGUCAAAGCCAUGUUAAGAGCACCACAACUUUUCAGUUGUAACCUGGAGAAGGUUCUCAAGCCCUCGCUUGCUUUCUGGGAGGGGUUUGGUUUAAGCAGGGCGGAACUCUCUAAAUUCUUACUGAUGGGUCCGAGAGUACUGGUACGCAGUUCUCUAACGCUUGCAGAAGCUGUUCUCAUUCAGAACAUUGGCCUUGAUAAAGGAAGCAAAAUGUUCAGAUAUAUUUUAAGUGCAGUGACUCUUAGCCGCAUGGAAACGUUGGAGGCCAGGAUAGAGAAUCUCAAAUUCUGGGGUCUCUCGGCCGAGGAAAUCUGGCGAGUAUUUAGGAUUGCUCCUAUAGUCUUAAGUUUCUCCAAGGAAAAUAUUGGUGAGAAGAUGAAAUUUGUAGUUAAUCAUUUGGAGGUCCCUGCAAAUUCUGUAGUGAAGCAUCCUAAGUUGUUGCAAAACAGUUUAGAACGGUCUAUGAGGCCCAGGUUUUUGGUUUGGCAGAAAAUCGAGUCCACCACUGGCCACGGUCUUUCUAUUCUCAAGGUAUUGAUGAUGACAGAGGGAAGGUUUAUCAAGAUUAUAGAAGGGCAUCCUGACUCUGAAACCCUGUGGACAAUUUAUGAAAAUGCCGUUUCUGAUGCGCCCAAUGGUACAAAGAGAUCAAGUAGUUUGAGACUGUGAAAGUCAGGACUCCAAAACCACAACAAACUUGUUAUCUAGUCUUUGGCAGAAGCCGGCCAGGCCUUCCCCAUCUAGGUAUUGGCUGUGAGCAUUUUACUUUCAUGGAGGCACCCUUCUCAACGGCAGGAGCGACAAUGUUAUCUCCUCUGCCAUUUUUCUUUGUGUAAUAACUCUUCAAGCGAGGAUGGGAAUUAUGUCAGAGCAACAAGGAGUGAACCAUUAUACGUAAUGUUCAUCAAACAUGUUUCGCAUCACUCGAAAUUUUUCAGAAGUUGUAAUUUUGGGUUUGAUGCAUACCAUUUAGAAGAUUCUAGUCAGUUGAGUCAGGAUAUCAUGUUUGUUCAUUAAAGAAGACAUUAAAAUUGUAAUUUUGGGUUUGAUGCAUAUCAUUUAGAAGAUUCUAGUCAAUUGAGUCAGGAUAUCAUGUAAGUUCAUUAAAGAAGACAUUAAAAUAAAUAAAUCGUAACAGUAUGUUCUUGCAUUUA